CUUCACUCGCCAAUGAAUUGCUGUCAGGUCGACUGUUUGUAAACCAUGGCUGGCGAUACUUUCAUGCAGCAUACAUAUGUGACGCACAAAUUCUUCUUUAUUCUCGUAUGAAUCGGAAUAAGUGAUGGAAUUUGAAAUAACGCGCACAAGGCCUUCGCUUUUUGGGGAUAUAGCACAUGGUUUGGGCUUCUGGACAGAUCGUUCUGCAGUGCAUGAAGCCGCAGCUCAGGGCAGAGUCGUGCAGCUCCGGAAACUCAUCGAGAACGGAGCAUCUGUCAACAUUGUGGCCGUGGACUCCAUCACUCCCCUCCAUGAGGCCUGUAUUCAGGGCCAUACACAGUGUGUGAAGCUGCUGCUGGACGCUGGAGCUCAUGUUGAUGCUCGUAACAUUGACGGCAGCACUCCGCUGUGUGACGCCUGUGCUGCUGGAAGUCUGGAGUGUGUCAAGCUGCUGUUAGAGCAUGGAGCCACAGUAAAUCCUCCUCUCUUCACAUUCUCACCACUGCAUGAGGCCUGCAUGAGCGGUAACCCUAAAUGUGUUCAGCUCAUGAUUGAUGAAGGAGCGCUGAUGGAAGCUCAUGACUGUCACUUUGGCACUCCUCUGCAUGUAGCGUGUGCACGACAGCAUCUCGACUGUGUCAAGGUGCUGUUGAAUGCAGGUGCAAAUGUGAAUGCUGCUAAACUUCAUGAGACGGCACUUCAUCAUGCUGCUAAAGUCAAAAAUCUGGAACUAAUUGAGCUUUUGGUUGAAUUUGGAGGAAAUAUUUUUGCCAGAGACAACCUUGGAAAAAAGCCAAUUCAGUACACCAGAUCCAGUUCAGCGUGUGCCCUCUGCUUAGAGUUUUACGAAUCCACACCACUCAGUCUGCAGCAGUUAUGCAGGAUUUCUCUCAGAAAUGCCCUCGGGAAAAGAGCGCUGGGGGUUUUUACUCAACUGGGACUCCCAAACCGAAUCAUCUGGUUCCUCUCUUAUUUACCAGCUCCUCCUAUGGAGCUCCUCCAGUCUUGACGAUCUUCUGCUUCGGUUAUCUAUAACGCACAACACACUGAUUCUGCUUCAGAAUAAGGGAUUUGGAUGAUUGGUUUCCAGGAGAAAGGAGAUUCUUCAUUGUGAGGUGCGGAGACAGUAACAGCUGCGCUCAGUAUUUGUCACGUAUUUGCUGAUACUUUUUUGCACUGUUACAGCAGGGAACCAACAGACGGUGGUAUGAAUGGAGUUUACUGUCAAGAUUCCUAAAAUAAUUUGACUUGGGGGGGGGGGGGGGGCACUUUAACAAGAAUGAAUGGUGUUUUCUGUCUUACAUGGCAUUUUGUCUGCCGACUCUUAUAACUGUGAGUCAAAACAAGGCAACAGACAUGUUUUCUUGCUGUUUAUGCAACCAUAAUAUUAAUAAUAUUAGCUGUAUGAUUAAAUUGAAUCAUCUGAAGGGUUUCAUUUAUGCUAUUAUAUUUAUAAAUGCGCUAUAUAAUUCACUAUAUAUGUAAAAUCUUUUUUAAACUCAGACUUCAAAUGAAUUUUAGAUGAAUAAUUUAAAUAGUAGGUGACACGGUGGCUCAGUGAUUAGCACUGUCGCCUUACAGCAAGAAGGUUGCUGGUUCGAGUUCCAGCUGGGCCAGUUGGAAUAUCUGUGUGGAGUUUGCAUGUUCUCCCCGUGUUGGUGUGGGUUUCCUCUGGGUGCUCCAGUUUCCACCACAGUCCAAAGACAUGCACCAUAGGUGAAUUGGGUGGACAAAAUUGGCCAUAGUGUAUGUGUGAAUGUAAGAGUGUAUGGGUGUUUCCCGGUACUGGGUUGCGGCUGGAAGGGCAUCCGCUGCAUAAAACAGAAUAGUUAGCGGUUCAUUCCGCUGUGGCGUCUCCUGAUAAAUAAGGGACUAAGCCGAAGGAAAAUGAAUGAUAUUUGUAAAUGCACUGUAUAUAAAAUACAUGUAUUUAUGUAUUUUAUAUAUAUAUCAGUCUAUAAGACAAUAUAAGUCUUAAUUUAAUUCAGACCUCAAAUUAAUUUUAUAUGAAUAAUUUAAAUAGUAUUUUAGCUGGCUAUUUAAAAUUGUAUGAAAUAAACAUUGAUAUGUUGUGUAAGUGCUUUAUAAAUAUAUUUUACAUGUAUAAAUGUUAUUUCAGAGUGUUGUUAGGUUGUGACUGUAACAAAAUUGUGA